AGGGGCCGGGGGGCGGCAGUGGCGGCUUCACGCGCGCGCGCUCGCGGGUGCGAACGGGAAACGCCGCGAGGGCCGGAGCGGGCUGGGCGGUGGGGAUUACCGACGGUGACGAUGGCCGCGGUAGCGGGCGGUGGCGGGCCGGGAGCGUCUGCGGGCUCCGCGGGCUCGGGAGCUGCAGGAACGGCUGCGGGUCUGACCGUUUAUCGGCGGAAGGACGGCGGGCCAGCCAGCAAGUUUUGGGAGAGCCCGGAGACGGUGUCCCAGCUGGAUUCGGUGCGGGUCUGGCUGGGCAAGCACUACAAGAAGUAUGUUCAUGCGGAUGCUCCUACCAAUAAAACGCUGGCUGGGCUGGUGGUACAGCUUCUCCAGUUCCAGGAAGAUGCCUUUGGGAAACAUGUCACCAACCCAGCCUUUACCAAACUCCCUGCAAAAUGUUUCAUGGAUUUCAAAGCUGGUGGCACCUUGUGUCACAUUCUUGGAGCUGCUUACAAGUAUAAAAAUGAGCAGGGAUGGCGGAGAUUUGAUCUACAGAAUCCAUCCCGAAUGGAUCGUAAUGUUGAAAUGUUUAUGAAUAUUGAGAAAACAUUGGUACAGAACAAUUGUCUGAUCAGACCCAACAUCUACCUCAUUCCAGACAUUGAUCUGAAAUUGGCUAGCAAAUUGAAAGAUAUCGUCAAACGACAUCAGGGGACAUUUACUGAUGAUAAAUCAAAAGCUUCUCACCAUAUUUAUCCAUAUUCUUCCUCACAAGAGGAUGAAGAAUGGUUGAGACCAGUGAUGAGAAAAGACAAGCAGGUGUUAGUGCAUUGGGGCUUUUACCCAGACAGUUAUGAUACUUGGGUCCAUAGUAAUGAUGUCGAUGCUGAAAUUGAAGAUCCACCAAUUCCAGAAAAGCCAUGGAAGGUUCAUGUGAAAUGGAUUUUGGACACUGAUAUUUUUAAUGAAUGGAUGAAUGAGGAGGAUUAUGAGGUGGAUGAGAAUAGGAAGCCUGUGAGUUUUCGUCAGCGAAUUUCAACAAAGAAUGAAGAGUCAGUUAGAAGUCCAGAGAGAAGAGAUAGAAAAGCAUCAGCUAAUGCUCGGAAGAGAAAACAUUCGCCUUCACCCCCUCCUCCCACACCCACAGAAUCACGAAAGAAGAGUGGAAAGAAAGGCCAAGCUAGUCUUUAUGGGAAACGCAGAAGUCAGAAAGAGGAAGAUGAGCAAGAAGAUCUUACUAAGGAUAUGGAAGACCCCACACCUGUACCCAACAUAGAGGAAGUAGUACUUCCCAAAAAUGUGAACCCAAAGAAAGAUAGUGAAAAUACACCUGUUAAAGGAGGAACUGUAGCAGAUCUAGAUGAGCAAGAUGAAGAAACAGUGACAACAGGAGGAAAGGAAGAUGAAGAUCCUAGCAAAGGUGAUCAGAGUCGGUCAGUUGACCCUAGUGAAGAUAAUGUGACAGAGCAGACCAAUCACAUCAUUAUUCCUAGCUACGCAUCAUGGUUUGAUUAUAAUUGUAUUCAUGUGAUUGAACGACGUGCUCUUCCUGAGUUCUUCAAUGGAAAAAACAAAUCCAAGACUCCAGAAAUAUACUUGGCAUAUCGAAAUUUUAUGAUUGACACGUAUCGUCUUAACCCCCAAGAGUACUUAACCAGCACUGCUUGUCGGAGGAACUUGACUGGAGAUGUGUGUGCUGUGAUGAGGGUUCAUGCCUUUUUAGAGCAAUGGGGACUUGUUAAUUACCAAGUCGAUCCAGAAAGUAGACCCAUGGCAAUGGGACCUCCUCCUACUCCUCAUUUUAAUGUACUAGCUGAUACCCCCUCCGGGCUUGUGCCACUGCAUCUUCGGUCACCUCAGGUUCCUGCUGCUCAACAGAUGUUAAAUUUUCCUGAAAAGAACAAGGAAAAACCUAUUGAUUUGCAGAACUUUGGUCUCCGUACUGACAUUUACUCCAAGAAAACAUUAGCAAAGAGUAAAGGUGCUAGUGCUGGAAGAGAAUGGACUGAACAGGAGACCCUUCUACUCCUCGAGGCCCUGGAGAUGUACAAGGAUGAUUGGAACAAAGUGUCAGAACAUGUUGGAAGUCGUACUCAGGAUGAAUGUAUCCUCCAUUUCUUGAGGCUUCCCAUUGAGGACCCAUACCUUGAGAAUUCAGAUGCUUCCCUUGGGCCUCUGGCCUACCAACCUGUUCCCUUCAGUCAGUCAGGAAACCCCGUCAUGAGUACUGUUGCUUUUUUGGCAUCUGUAGUGGACCCUCGUGUGGCAUCUGCUGCAGCUAAAGCGGCUUUGGAGGAGUUUUCUCGGGUCCGGGAGGAGGUACCACUGGAAUUGGUUGAAGCUCAUGUCAAGAAAGUACAAGAAGCAGCCCGAGCCUCUGGGAAAGUGGAUCCCACCUACGGUCUGGAAAGCAGCUGUAUUGCAGGCACAGGGCCUGAUGAGCCAGAAAAGUUGGAAGGAGCUGAAGAGGAAAAAAUGGAAAUAGACCCUGAUGGUCAGCAGCCUGAAAAGGCAGAAAGCAAAGUGGAAAAUGAAACAGAAGAAAGUGGUAAAGCACAAGAUGGAGAAAAUGAAAAAAACAGUGAGAAGGAACAGGAUAGUGAAGUUAGUGAGGAUACCAAAUCAGAAGAAAAGGAAACUGAAGAGAACAAAGAACUCACUGAUACAUGCAAAGAAAGAGAAAGUGAUAUCGGGAAGAAGAAAGUAGAACAUGAAAUUUCUGAAGGAAAUGUUGCCACAGCGGCAGCAGCUGCUCUUGCCUCAGCAGCUACUAAAGCCAAGCAUCUUGCUGCUGUGGAAGAGAGAAAGAUCAAGUCCCUAGUAGCUCUCCUUGUCGAGACACAAAUGAAGAAACUAGAGAUCAAACUUCGACAUUUUGAGGAGCUGGAAACUAUCAUGGACAGAGAAAAAGAGGCUCUUGAACAACAGAGGCAGCAGUUGCUUACUGAACGCCAGAACUUCCACAUGGAACAGCUAAAGUAUGCUGAAUUACGAGCCCGACAGCAAAUGGAACAGCAGCAGCAUGGCCAGAAUCCUCAACAGUCACACCAGCACUCAGGAGGACCAGGUCUAGCCCCACUUGGAGCAGCAGGGCACCCCAGUAUGAUGCCUCAUCAGCAGCCCCCUCCCUACCCUCUAAUGCACCACCAGAUGCCACCACCUCAUCCACCCCAGCCAGGUCAGAUACCAGGUCCAGGUUCCAUCAUACCUGGACAGCCCAUGCCAGGCCGCAUGAUUUCCACUGUUGCAGCCAACAUCCACCCUUCUGGAAGUGGCCCUACCCCUCCUGGUAUGCCUCCAAUGCCAGGAAAUAUCUUAGGACCCCGAGUACCCCUCACAGCACCUAACGGCAUGUAUCCCCCUCCACCGCCGCAACAGCAGCAGCAGCAACCGCCACCACCACCAACUGCUGAUGGGGUCCCUCCACCUCCUCCAGGACCACCAGCCUCGGCCGCUCCUUAGCCUGGAAGAUAGAGGGAAUACUCAUGCCCACUGCCAUUAGCUGGAGUGGGGAUGACGAGACUUGUGUUUCUCAGCUUUCUUGGGUUUCUUUCAGGAUUUUUUCUUCUUACAGCCCCAAGUACAUGUUCCUCCCCACUCCUCUUGCUACCCCUCUCCAUGCUCUGACACUUCUUGUGUCAGGUCCUCAGCCAACACUCAAGGAGAAACCUGUGAUGAUGGUGUGUCCUGGUCAUCCUAAAAAUAACUUAUAUCUCCCCUGUUCUGGGGUAGGGGUGUGUUGACAGUUUGUCACCAUUAGUAUUCUAUAUCUUUAUCACUUUUGCUCUCCUGCAGUUUUUUGCUUUGUCUUAUGCUUCUAUGGAUAAUACUCUACAGUCAUUACCUUCUUUCUUUCUGUUGUCAUUAUUGUUUUAAGGGAGAGCAACCUAAGUUAAUAGGAACCAAAAAAUAGUAGUGGGCAGAAGGGGAUAGCCAUAGGGGAUAAACCUUAAGGCAUUAUAAGUGACCUUAUUUCUGCUUAUCUGAGCUAAGAGUGGUGCUGGUAGUGAAUUGUGACAGAUAAUUGCACCAAAAUUAAAAGAGAUGGGGAAGGAGGACCUCACUUGAUUUUAUUCCCUAGUGAGGACUGUGAGGGCCUCCACCCUGUCUGGCAGAACAUACCACUUUAGCUAGUACAUGGUAGAGGAGAGCACAACAUUAGAACAAAUUAACUCCUUCCCCAGGCUUAUUGGUUCUGGUUUUCUAUGCAGAUGAUUUGUUGGAUGGGGGAUGGGGGGGGUGUUUUGUUUUUCUGGGGGCAGUGUGAGCUUUUGAGUGUUGGAAUAUUGGGAGGCAUUCUUUAGUUUCCUAGGCUACCCAAGAAUGUUUUAGGAGUCUGGGGCAAUGGCCCCACACCGAAUCAAGCCUACUAUUCACUGCUUUGUGUGCAUUCUUUUUUUUUUUUUUCCUUCCUCUUAAAAAAAAAAACCUUUAAAAGAAAAAAAAGUAGAUAGUGCUAAACACUUUAGCUUGUGGAACUUGGUUAGGAUGGCUGUUGGUACAGGUCCCCAAACUACCUCUUGCAGUAGCCAGGGUGAGUGGAAUUUUGUGAAGCGGUACUUUAGAUUUGGGAUGGGAUUGGACAAGCAAUGCAGGAUCAUCAACUUCUUGUACAUAUCUAUCUUCUCCCUUCCCUUCCUUAAGAUCUCACAUUCCAUCUAUCAUAGAGCCUUCAAAGAGAUGCUGAAGGUACCAAGGAAUUCUCUUGGCAGUCAGAGCAUCAUGCUUUGAGGUUUAAGGUGCUCAUACUGGGAAGUGGAAUGCCAUUCCAGAGGAAGAGCCACAAAAUGCCUUAAUUUGAGCCCUUAUCUGUGCUGAUGAGUUACUUUAGAGUCUUGGUUUUCUCUUGUCCUUCCCUCCCAUCUAUCCUUUUAUGAAUGGAGAAAAGGGUUUUUUUGGUAGAGCUUGGUUUCCAAAGCGCCUGGCUUCUUCACUUCAAAUUCUUUAAGUGGCAGUUCCAUUAUUUAGAAUGCAAGGUGGAACAUCUUUUGGAUAUCUUUUUCUACAUAUUUCCUAAAGCUUUGCAUACUAGAGGGUGUAGGGAGGUGUUUGUAAAACAUCUUAGAACCUUUUUCCUUAAUAUCAGAAAGUAAAAAAAUAAAACCACAAUUGAGAUUUGCCUUUUAAACCCUCAGGUUUGCCUCUAAUCAGCGACCCUGGUUGCCAUCAGAGUACUGGAAUACUGGAAGCAAAGAGACCUUGUUCCUUUUUAUGUGUUUGUUCUGGACUUUUGGUGUGGAAAUGAGAAUGAGCUUAUUCCUACUGAAGUUUAGUUCCAAUGCAUUUGCCUCCAGAAAGACUCCAGUGCCUUUUGAUAAUGACCAGGGUUUUCCUUACUUCCUGCCAGUCUUUCCCAAAGGAAACUUAUUCCAAAUAUUUACCUUUUCCCCUGGAGUUCUAGAAGUAGAAUGGAAUUCUGGUUCAUACUGUGGUCCCUUAUAACCUCAGGUCUUUAAUGUGAUCACUUUCAAAUUUAAACAAUUCCAGGUGGAAAUAUUUUUACUAUGCUGGUAAUAAUCCUACAAAAUACCUGAAUUCUUAACACUGUUACGUUUCAGAGUAAGUGUUGACUUUUUCUUUUCAUGUCUUCAAUGUGGUUUUAUUCCUGUAAUACAGCUGCCUGAUUGGGGGGGUGGGGGAAUAAUACGUGGUUUUUGUACAAAAGUGUUUCUCAGUGUGUUGUUAUUUUGGAAAAAUGAGGGGAGGGAGCUUUGAGAGAUGGGAGGAAUGGAUGAAGAAGAGCAAAUCUCCCUCUUUUUCAGUGAAUAAAUGAAACACCAUUUCUGGA